GUUCCCUGACAAUCUCAUUGCAUGAAACUCUGGGUCCUGGCCGAAUGUGAGCAAGUGAAGAGCGUUUGGUGGGGCCAUGGAGGAAACUGCAUCGUAAUCGAGGAAGAACUGUUUGCAGUGGAAGUCCUGGCCAAGGAAGCGCCUGUGAGAGCAUUUGGCUGCACAAGCGUGAAAAGCUUUGUUUGCCAGCUCAACCACUACGGCUUCACCAAAGUGCCACAGGACCUGGAAAGAUCUCUGUCCUUUCCUGAGUUUCUGGCUGAGGAAGAAGCAACUGCUGCCCAUAGGAAGUUACUUCUCUACUCCAGCCCCUUCUUCAGAAGAGAUUACCCAUGGCUGCUGGAGCACUGCAAGUAUAGAGCAGCUACAAGAGAAGAGCUAUGACUGCCCCUGCCCUGCAGGAGGGUCUGAAUGAGAACACCCAGAGGAGCAGCCCAGAUGCCUGGCCAACACAGGGAGUGCCUGCUGGGCCAGAGAGGAGCCUGCAGGCAGCAGAACCACAAGGCACACAGGCAGCAGCACCCAUGAGGCCCCCACCAGCAAAGCACCCUAAAAAUGACACCCUUCAAGUCCAAGGAGGUACUGCUCACAUCCUGCCAGGCCCUGCUGCAGCCUGCCCUACACUGGAACAGUGUGAAGCUCUGCUUCACUCCAUCCUGCCACCGAGCAGCAUCCAGACGCUGGUUGCCACUUGCACUCCUCCAUCACAGGGCACUCUGCCCUUUGGGGUUCCUACAUUCACACCUGGCCGUCCUCAGCAGGAGCUCUCACAGCUCCCAGAAACACCACAGCUGUAGACUCCCUGGGCUGCCCUGGCUUUCCUUGGCUCCUGCUUUGCAAUGGCCAUGAGGGCAGCAGCCAUGAUGAUGCCACCAGAAUAGCAGCCCUGUGCAGCCCCGCACUGCCCAACGUGCACUUGCAGCCAGCACCAGGCUGCCCCGGCACCAGGCAGA